UAACCAUAAUAUACUCCAUCUCUCUCCCCAUCCCCUCCCAAAAACAAAGAGCAAAUACACAACCUAAUUAGCUAUCUACCUCUAUUGUGAAGAAUGAAGAACUCCUACACUAGUCCCAUUGUUCUUUGUGCAAUGUUAGUGGUGGCAAUGCUAAUGGCCACCGGGGUGGCCGAACCUGCAAACGCCACGGCCACAGUGGCCAUGGCUGCUGCGACCAAUAGUAAUACCUGCGAUCCCUCAAAGCUGUCCCCUUGCGCACCCGCCAUGACGUCACCAAAACUUGGCCCCACAUCGACGUGUUGUGCAGUGCUCAAGCAACAAAAGACUUGCCUUUGCCAAUACAAGCACAACCCAAAUCUCAAAAAGUAUUUCACCUCUCCUAAUGCAAACAAGGUGGCCAAAGCUUGUAAAAUCUCUCCCCCUCGCUGCGGUUAGAUCUAUAUAGUGUCUACUACGGUAAUACUAUCUUUGCGUCCCACGAGUGUUUUUUCAAUUUGAUUUUUUCGAGUUGAACUGGAUGAAUUUCAACCAUUAAUUACAUGAAAAUUGCAUCGCGGUAAUAGGUAGACAAUGAAAGAAUGUUUUCUCCAAGGGGAACGAAAUCAUCUUUCUCACAAUGGCUAUGCAAUUUUUAUUUAAUUAAUGGUCAAAGUUUGUCCAAUUUAUUUGAAAAAAUCGAACUGAAUAAAUAUUAUGGGAUCAAGAUAUAGUAUUUAUAUAAUAGAUGAUGAUGCAUUUUAUAUGCUUCAUUAUCAUAUAAUAAAAAUAAACUAGAGGGUAAUAAUAUCUAUAUCUAUUAUCCAAAUAAAAGGGGCCUAUCUAUUUUGUCCCAUACAUAAUAUACUUCAUAUAUUCCAUAUAUGUUGUUGUACUGCGCGUCAUUAGUUUUUGGCUAUUUGUAAUGGAGACAUGUAAUAUAUAGUAUGGUGUUUG